UUCUUUCCGGUUACGUCGAUUUUAGGCCAUCCACAAUGGUUCGACGUCUGACAUACCGUCGUAGAUUGUCCUAUAAUACAGCUUCUAAUAAGACCAGGCUGUCCCGAACGCCUGGUAAUAGAGUUGUUUACCUCUACACCAAAAAAGUUGGCAAGGCACCCAAAUCUGCAUGUGGGAUAUGUCCCGGAAGACUGCGGGGUGUACGUGCUGUCAGACCAAAAGUUCUUAUGAGGAUUUCUAAGACAAAGAAGCAUGUAAGCAGAGCCUAUGGUGGUUCCAUGUGUGCCAAGUGUGUUCGUGAUAGAAUCAAGCGUGCAUUUCUUAUUGAAGAACAGAAGAUUGUAGUAAAAGUUUUGAAAGCACAGGCACAAAGCCAGAAAUCCAAAUAAAAUAACUAUUCUUUGUUCAGUUAUCAGAAUAAAUAUGGUUUAAAAAUG